UAAACAGCGCUAGACUACUACAAUAGUUCGUAAGACUUGGAAGACCGCGGCUAUGAGCAGCGAGUAGUUCUAGGCGCUUUCAUCGUCCUCGGAGAAAGUGGACCUGACAGUUUGAACUUUUCCGGCAAAUUGUUAGGCCAACUCGCCCACAGAGGUUUGCAAAUACAGGAAUGUCGGCAGAUCACACGCGAUACUAUGUACUGGGAGCAUUUGCCCUGGGCAUAGUGUUAACUGUCACGUACAACCAACAGUCAAAAUCUGCUCAGAGACUUGACCAUGAUGACGCACAUCAACAACUCAAGCAGCAGCAGAAGAAGCUGAUAGCCAGGCUUGCAAAGAUCAAAGAUUUGAACGUGUUGAAGAAAAGCCUGGCGGAACUUGAUGUUGCACUAGAGAAAGGGCCUGGAUGUAUCAAGGAAGGCAUAGAAGGAUGCAUCGGCGACACACCACUCAUCAAGAUAAAGUCACUUUCCAAUUACACUGGAUGCGAGAUACUCGCCAAAGCAGAGUUCCUAAAUGGCGCCGGUAACAGCCCCAAAGACCGAGUUGCACUAAGUAUAAUCGAAAUGGUAUGA